UGUAAUUUCGCAGAGUGUCCUGCAGGUGGCGGCAGACACUCGACCUCUUUCCAUUCACCAUAAACGAAGAAGAAGAAACAUCCCGUAUGGUAUGUGACGUAAUCCCUUCCUCAGCCACCUCCAUCUUUCAGCACCGCAUGCCUCAGAGGAUUUUUGUGCAGGUUUGAGAGGAUAAAUAUUGGUCUGUGUGUAGUGUGCGGUGUUUGUGGAGUGUGUUGUUGUUGUUUUGUUGUGGUCGGAGUAGAGCUGUGUGGCUGAGCGGAGCUGUAACUCGCUCUGUUCUCAGUCUGUAGGCCCUGCUGUGUUGUGUUUUCAUGACUGCAGCUGCUAACCUCUCAGCAGCCAAACUGGAGCUAGACUGUGUUAUUAUAGCAUCAGCGUGACAUGAUGUCCCCGGCCUGUUGUCAUGUUUUCGGUGUAACAUCAUAAUAAAACACGCUUUAGCUUCGUCUUUCGAAACUCUCACUGUCUUCUACUGAGUAGCUGGUGUUUGUGUUUUUUUCGAGCCGCUCACAUUUGACAGGGAGAGAAGCAGAGUACAGGCUGUUAAGCUGCUGACACAGACAUUUAUUACCUGAUUUGAUGAAGCUGAUUUCUAAACUAUUUCCUCAUACUGUAGGUGAGAACAUGAAUCAAGAAAAGUUGGCCAAACUUCAAGCCCAGGUUCGGAUAGGAGGAAAGGUAAGUUGACACCCAGAAAUGCUUUCAUGUUCUGUGAUUGAGUUUUCUGUGUUGAUCUUUGUUUAUUUCAAGAAAAUAAAUAUGAACAUGUUUCUAACAUUAAUAGUUACUGUCAGGAAAACUGUAGUGCCUGAUCCACAUAUAAAUCACUCUGACAAAUGCACUUAAACACUGCAGUAGCACCCAAACAAUACAUCUAUCCAAAAAGAAAACAGUAGGAAAUCAUAGUUUUGUCUCUGACUAGUGAAUCUGCAUAUAUUUCAAGAUGUUGUACAUGUCCCUGCAAACCAGCAGAAUGAGUGUAAACAUAACUUCUUGAUAAUAUAGCAUGCCAAAAAAAAGUGGUCUCCUAUGGUCAAGUUACCCUGUGUAUGGGGUAAGUUGACCAUAGGAGCGGGGUAAGUUGAGCUGUAUCCCUACUACCCUCCCACUCUCUACCCCAGCCCUCCCUCACCUUCUCUCUCCCUAAAUAACAGUCACUUCUUCACAUUCAUGUGUAUUUUUCUCUAUUAUAUGCUAUUCAACUGGUACAAUAAUUCUUUUUUAUUGUUAUUGUAAAUAACUGCUAAACAGCUGUUUUAUAAAAAGUCAUUUUAACAUGAGAAUGUCUUUAAGUGAUUCAGAACAGUCACAGCUGUAUUUUAGAAAAGAAAAAGUAACACAUUUCAACAAUCUGAACUGAAACUCUGAUCCUCUCAUCAGACCCCUUUACUUUCUCAGUUUGGCUCAACUGACCCCAGAACUACUAUGAUGACUUUAUUAGUCCUCUAAGCUAAAAUGGUGGACUUUUACCCCAGGGUUUUUGACCUCAUGUUGUAGCUCAUAGAUACCACAAUUGAUGCAUAAAACUAAUUUAAAAUGAUCUUUUUUGGUCUGAACAGAAUUGUGAUAAAACUUAUGACAGACUGAAUUCACUUUCAAGAGUGAAAAACGUUUUUUUUUUUUUUAAAUAAAUACCUAACCCCUUCACCCAUGUGCUUCUAACCUUCACAGACUCCAUGAAUUGAUGCCCAUUUCCUAUAUAUUUGGUCACAUGAUCAAUUUCUUUUACCAUUUCCAAGCAACAGGGGGUGGCUCAACUUACCCCACUCUCCCCUAUUGCUCAGUUUUAGAUGGCAGAGUAGUUUUUCUCCCCAUGCUGCUUGUCACUGUCACGAGACACUUAUCUCUACUUUUGUUUUAGGGAUCUGCAAGGAGGAAGAAGAAGGUUGUCCACAGAACUGCAACAGCAGAUGACAAAAAGCUGCAGAGUUCACUAAAGAAGUUGGCUGUCAACAAUAUUGCUGGAAUUGAGGAGGUACAUUGGUAUGGUUGCUGCUUUUUUUCAAGUGUCACUUAGUUGAUAUGCCUUGAAGGUAAAAACCAGGUGGUGCUCUCAUUUUAGGUGAACAUGAUCAAAGAUGACGGGACUGUAAUCCACUUCAACAACCCCAAAGUUCAGGCCUCUCUGUCCGCUAACACCUUCGCCAUCACGGGCCACGCUGAGACCAAGCAGCUGACGGAGAUGCUCCCCGGCAUCCUCAGUCAGCUCGGUGCGGACAGCCUCAGCAGCCUGCGCAAACUGGCCGAACAGUUUCCACGGCAAGGUGGGUACACUUCAAUGUGUUGGACCUCUGACAACAGUAAUUAUAAAAGAGGAGGGUCUGAAUUUCUGUGGUUACAAAACAAUGUUGGGUAGAGCUGUGUAAUGGUGAUGUUGAAUACUUGAUUUAAAGCUUUAUUACACAGAUCUGCAUGCUUGCAGCUUUUGAUAAGCAAUUGAAAGACUGAAUUAUUUUGCCAAUUGUAAAUUCAUACACUGCUUUCUUACACUCUCCACAUAAAAACUUGAUUCUGAUAAGUCAAAAAAUAGUCAGAAAUACUGAAUUAAAAGGAAUAUAUCAAAUUCAAGCAGAUCUCACACAACAUAUCAAGUCAUUCUAACACAUUUAUACAGUCAACUGAUUCACUUCUUCCGGUGAACAGCAAGACAAAAACACACGCUUCUAAUUAACAUCAUGGAGGACGUUUUCAGUAUUACUCCCAAUUUAUUUUGAAAGCACCAAACUUAAGAUUGCAGUCACCAGCAGAGGAAAGAAAGAGAGAAGAGGAAAACUGCUCAGAAACCAGAAAGGCACGAGUGAUGGCAAAGUUGAAAAAAGACUCAAAUCACAACAAAGCCUGGGCUUUAGCAGUUUUAUAGGAGUGAAAACAUCGACAGAAAAAUCACAAGGGACAGUACCCUGUACAGGUGCUUAUGUUAAUACCUAUGCAUAAAUUUCACAGUACAACUUUUCCACUGCUGUUAGGAGGAGUGUUGAUAUUAUGCUUUCAAGGUCAGUCAUGGUCUUAUCUGCUGAUAUUUUAUUGCCACGGAAAGAUAAGUUCUUGCAACAAACAACGGUGUUGUUUUUGAUGAUGAGAUUUCAGGUUGACAGUUGGAUUGCCACAUUGAUCCAGUACUGAGUGUAUAAAUAAACUUUUUCUCAGUUGCAUAUUUUUGUGUUUUACAUGCAUGCGCUGAUUUUUGGAAUUGCUCCAAUUUAUACAAACAUCUGAUUUGGAUAACUUUCCUGAGCUGUAAGCCAAAGUCAUUAAAAUUGACAAUUUUAAACAAACUGAAAAAAAAUAAAUAAUGAUGUUCAGAUUUUUUUGAUACGCACAUGUAUUUGAGACAGUUUCAGUCAACCGUCAUCUUACCUUUGGUGCCCUGGUCGGUCUUUAAAGCAGCAGGACAGUGUGUGUGGAAUAAUGUCUGUGAUAAUAAAGCAUAUCACUGAAUGAAAAUCCAAAAAUGUCACAUAGACUUGAACUCUUUUUAAAAAGAUUUUUUAUUUUUUAUACAACAUGUUUUAUACUUUUAACUUCCUAAUGCCUGUGUUGAACUAUCCUGUAGUAUAAAAUAUGACAACAUUUUAUCUGUAUUUUGUUUUAGCCCUCGACAGCAAGGCUCCAAAGGCAGAGGACAUCGAGGAGGAGGAUGAUGAUGUUCCAGGUAUGGGUUUACAGAUGAGUUAAAAUAAUACUCUUUUAAUAUUUAUAGAACAAUAUCCAGGCAAUUAAUCACCCUCUAAAGGGCUAAAUUCUUCACAAAAUAUAAAAUAUGGCUCUACAGAGAGAUUGCACUACAAAUAUAGCCAUGCAUUGUUCUCUGCUGAAAAAUUAAGAGCAUUUAACAUUUUUUUUUAGAGGGAUAAAGAAAAAAAAAAUUUCACUGCCUUUGCUUUAAUAAUUGAUAUGAUGUUUUGUUGUGCAGAUCUGGUGGAGAACUUUGACGAAGCAUCAAAGAACGAGGCAAACUGACACACUUGAAGAUCACACGUAAACAGACUGGACUGCAAUGAAGUGAAAAAGAAAAAAACGGGUGUUUUUAAGUCUAGUUGUUCAGACAUAUCAAACACUAUCCUCCCAAACCAGAGACUUUUCUAUUUUAUCAUGAUGGCCCACAAAUAUAUCCAAGUCAGACUGACUUGUGUUCUCAUUGAAAAUGAAAAUCCUCCCUCCUGGUAAACUGUUAAAACCCUACGCCACAUUGUCAGUUAUGGGGAAACCGGGGUCAUCAAAUCGAGUCUUAAGACUUUUUUUUUCUUUUUGUUUAUGAAACAAAAUAAAGGUGAUCAACAUUUUGUAGAUGGUGCUGUG